GACUGGCUUCGUCAGGGCUAGCAGUGUGAUGCACCUUAGGGAGCAGCUGACGGAAAAGGGCCAGUGCUCAAGCUUUACCAACGCUGAGAAAGAUCCCGAGGAGUUCCUCAAUCUCAUAAUGCAUCAGGUCCUGGGAAUAGAGCCACUCUUGAAACUGCAGUCAGGAGGCCAGAAGGAGCAGGACUGUUACUGUUACCAGAUAUUUAUGGACAAACAGGAGGACCUGGUGGUUCCCGACGUGCAGCAGUUAGUGGAACACUCCUUCCUGUCCUCAGAUCUGAAGCUGGUGGAGAUCCCUUCUUGCUUCAUUAUCCAAAUGCCACGUUUUGGAAAGGAAUAUAAAAUGUUCAGCAAAAUCAUUCCUUCCUUGGAGCUGGAUAUAACGGAUCUGCUGCUUGACAGUCCCAGGGAGUGCUGCCUGUGCGGCGACGUCGCCACCCUGGAGUGUUCGGAGUGUUUCAAAGACAAAGUAUUCGCAGCUUCGGGCCUGAAGCAGUUCUGCGCCUCCUGUUCCAGACAGGUUCACUCCCACUACCGACGCAAAACGCACAAACCGACGAGGCUGCAUAUCCCCGAAGAGUUUCACAGCCGGAGCCCCCGGGGCAGUCAGCAGGUCCCUCGUGAGAAGAUGGAGCUCUUCGCAGUCCUCUGCAUCGAGACCAGUCAUUACGUCUCCUUCGUGAAAUACGGCCCCGAGAACGAAGACUGGAUGUUCUUCGACAGCAUGGCUGACAGGCACGGUGAUGAAAAUGGCUUCAACAUUCCCACGGUAACGCUGUGCCCUGAAGUUGCCAAAUACCUGGACUUGCCACUGGCUGUGCUGGCCCUGGAGCAACCUCGGGACAUGGAUGGAGUAGCCAAGCGCCUCUUCUGUGACGCUUACAUGUACAUGUACCAGAGCAAGAAGAUGGCGCUUUACAAAUGA